AUGGUAUACGCCUCGCGAACAUUAAUCAACAACGAAGUAAAAUAUGACAUACAGGGUUGGCCAUAUUCGACGGAAAGAUGUGGCAACACUGUAACUUUUGACAGAGAUGUUAGAUCGAGUAACGACGUAGCGCGUUUGAAGCGUCAGUCGAAGGAAAUUUGUGCCAUGGAACAGUACACGCCACGCGAACGCUCUCAGAUUGUUGAAAUUUACAUUCAACAAAACAAGUCAAUUGUUAAAACUCAACGUGCAUGGAGAAAAAUAAAUAAAGUGAAAAGUGCGCCUUCCGCGAACACAUUGUAUCGUUUGUAUGAAAGAUUUUCAACUGGUGAGGCACUCACUAAUCCCAAGCGUCCAAAUAAAGUGCGACCAAGGCGAUCGGAUGAUAAUAUCGCACUCGUACAGGCCAGUGUUCAGAGGUCUCCAACAACAUCUCAAACACGUCGAUCUGAGCAGUUGGGCAUAAAACGAACCACUUUACGUCGCAUAUUGCAUCAUGAUUUGCAUUUGUUCCCAUACAAAGUUCAAGUGACGCAAAAACUGUUACCUGUCGAUAAGCCACGUCGAUUGGAAUGGGCCCAACGUGUAAUCGAAAUGGCUGAAACUGACGAAAAUUUUUGGCAAAAAAUCAUCAUGAGCGAUGAAGCUCAUUUCACGUUAACCGGAACCGUAAACAAACAAAAUUUUCGGUUCUAUGGUACUGAAAAUCCUCAAAUCAUUCACGAGGUACCUCUUUAUGCCGAGAAAGUGACUGUUUGGUGCGGGAUUUGUGCUGAUAUGAUCAUUGGCCCGUUCUUUUUCGAAGAUGAAGCUGGCGAAACGGUUAUCGUCAAUCAGGAACGUUAUCGUGAUAUGAUAAGUGAUUUUUUGAUGCCAAUUGUUCAUGAUAAUGGUAUGGAGCACUUCUGGUUUCAACAAGAUGGCGCUCCACCACACACAGCUCGAGCCACUAUCAAUUUUUUGAAACAAUUGUUCCCUGGACGUUUGAUGUCAAAAAAUGGUGAUUUUGAAUGGCCACCGCGUUCACCAGAUUUAACGGCUCCAGACUUCUUUCUGUGGGGCUAUUUGAAAUCAAAGGUUUAUGUCAACAAGCCAAGGACCCUAGACGAACUUAAGACCAACAUCCGACAGGAAAUACCCGCCAUAUCGGCCGAAACAUUGUUCAAAACGAUGGAAAACGCUGCAAAACGGGCACUACUCGCCAUGCAGGCUCAAGGCGAUCAUUUAAGAGAUAUCAUAUUCAACAAAUAA